AUGGAUUUGGAUUUCUUGAAGUGGGCUUUUGAUUAUACUAAGAAGAAGAAGAAGUGGGUUCUUGCCUUUGGUGCAUUUUAUGGCGCAUAUAAAUUCUAUCACUUGCCUUCUGUGGUAAAGAAGAGGAAAAGAUUGUCAAAGCUCUUGGGCGCCCUUGUCGCCGUAGCUGAGAUGGUGUCUGAUUCAGCGGAGGCAGUUGGUGUCGUUUCUAGAGAUUUAAAAGAGUUCAUACAAUCUGAUUCUGAUCAAAUUCCCAGUAGUUUGAGGCAAAUAUCGAAGAUUGCUAGGUCAGAUGAGAUUUCAGAGUCUCUGAUGAGGAUUACUACUGCUCUGACUGUGGGAAUAUUGCGUGGUAAUAGGCAGGAGAAACUGAGGAGUGGCGGUUCCAUCAGUCCAAAAUCAGAUUUUUCUGACAGAAUAUUGGAUAAGCUUUUUUCGGAGGCAGGCUCUGGUUUUGCCUCUGUUGUUGUCGGCAGCUUUGCGAGGAAUUUGGUUGUGACUUAUUAUUCGAAUAAGCAAUUGAAUGGUUCCUCAAAUGCGGAUCAUGAUAUUUAUGAAUCGAACUCUACUGCUAAGUGGGUCAAUGUGCUACUUGAGGAUAAAUGUCGAGAAGUGAUUGGGGAUUGUGUACAAAUGUUCGUGAGUACAGCGGUUACUGUUUUUCUUGACAAAACGAUGGGCAUCAAUCCUUAUGAUGAACUCUUUUCUGGGAUGACAAAUCCCAAGCAUGAAUCUAAAGUAAAGGAAAUGCUGUCAUCAUUGUGCAAUGUCGCCGUAGAAACUCUUGUCAGGAGCUCUCACCAAGUUUUGGCUGAUGCACAUAGUAGGGAUGCAGCUCCUGAUUCGAAAUACCUACCUAGCGAACUUUUACUGAGCCCUAGUAAAGAUCAAAAGGCUUUAAUUCAGAGAAAAUUGAUGUCGUUUGGAUCCAAACCGAGCAAAUUAUCUUGUGAGAAUGAAGACAGUGGGUGGACGAGGAAGAUGUCUUCCACUUUGGCAGUUCCGAACAACAGGAAACUUGUCCUUGAUGUAACUGGAAGGGUGACGUUUGAGAGCGUCAGGUCUUUUCUGGAAUUUCUACUUGAAAAGAUAGCCGAGCGUUUGAGAAGUAGCAUUGAUGCUGUCCAUGAUGAGGUGAUUGAUAGGGGGAUCGAAGUUGUUCAACACGUCAGUAGAAAGUCUGCCGCUGCUUCCAUAUGCCUUUGCUUAUGUUUGCACAUUCUGAGUAGUCCAUGGAUUUUGGUGCCGACAUAUUAA